AUGCAGCCAGAGGAAGCGUUGCGACAGGCCGGCGACUUCGGCCUGUUCCAGUACCUGCUCAUUACGUACCUGUGCGUUCUCGUUGCCCCCGUGCGCGUGAUGCCCCUCUUCGCGCACAUCUUCAGUUUCCUGGUGCCCCCUCACCGCUGCAAGGUUCCCCUGCACCUGUACGAGGGCCUCAACGUCUCUGGGGAGGCCCUCCUUGGCGUGGCCCUUCCCCGAGAAUCGGACGGAAGCUUGAGCCAGUGCAGGAUGUACGACGUGAACGCCACGCUGCUCCGCUGGCUUCAGGCUGGCACUGGUGCAUCAGUGAACUUUUCGGCGACUGCGCCGUCCGUUGACCUCGAAACGACGUCGUGUCAGUUCGGCUGGGAGUACGACUUCUCGCUCAUCUAUCCAAGCGUCGUCUCUGAGAUGGACUGGGUCUGCGAGAACAGUUGGAAAGCCUACGUGGCCAACACUGUUUUCUGGGUGUCCACGGCAGUAGGAGUGCUCAUCUGCGGGAAUCUAAGCGACAGGAUUGGCCGGGUCUUGGUGAUUGUCGGCGUGAACCUCCUGUGCGGUGGCGCUGGACUGUACACCUUCUUCACUGAGGGCUUCCUCCAUUUCGUCCUGAGCCGAGUGUUCUUGGGUCUCGUGAUGCUCGCUCUCAGCAUCACGCCCUUCGUGUUGGUGGUGGAGUAUGUGGCUCCGGAGCGGCGAAUGAUGGUGCUGAGCGGUUUCCAGUUCUCGUACCCGCUCGUUGGAGCUGCGUUCCCCUGGCUGGCCUACUACAUCGGCGACUGGAGGACGCUAACGCUCGUCUCAGCGCUUCCCCCGCUGGCAGCACCCUUUUUCUGCUUAUUUGUGCCUGAGUCCCUCCGGUGGCUGGUAUCUCGUGGUAAGGAAGCGCGAGCCAAGAAAAUCCUCCGUUUCAUUGCCAAGGUGAACGGGAAGGUGCUCUCGGACGAGUUCAUGGGAAAAUGUCGAUUCCCUGCUCCAAAUGAAUCUCAGAAACCCAAAGAUUCUCCAACGGACAUGCUGAAGACACCCAACCUCCGAAAAAAUUUCAUUCUGACUCUUGCUGCUUGGAUGCUGGCAUGCCUAGUGUACACGGCGGGACAACUGUAUGCUGCCAAUGCCAGUCACAACCCGUUCCUGAUGACAACUGCCGUCAACGCGGUGGACAUUGUGGCUACAGCCACCGCACUGCCGCUUGCCGACCGCUGGGGAAGGAGGCCCACUAUGAUGACCACUUACUCGCUUGCGGCGUUUGCGUACCUCUUCGCUGUCUCGGUGCCUGCAGGUGCAACCACUGUCGAGACCCUGGUAUUUAUGCUUGCCCGAAUGGCCCUGACAAUGGCUUACAAUGUGGGCUACCUGCACGCUGCCGAGGUUUACCCGACGGCUGUACGGUCUCAAGCCUUAUCCGUGCGACAAGCCUUCGGGUCUGUCGGAAAAUUCCUCAGCUCACAGGUGACACAGCUGGCCCACUUUGGAAGACCACUUUUCCUAAAC